AUGCCCUUCCUUCUUCCCCACGGCUCACUACUUGGGCUUCACACCUUCACCGCUGCAGCAGCGGCUGCUGGAGAUUCAGCCCACGUGGGAGUUACAGACGCUGGAACCAGGGGUGUGUGAACGAUCACCGCGAUAGGCCGCCCCGGGAAUCAGACGGGCGAGUCCUCCACCCUGCCCGCCGUGGCCGGGGCGAACGGGCGGCCGGACGCACAGUGCGCCAGCCCCGUCUCCAGGGUCAGCCUCCUGGUCCUGCGCGGCGCCACGGCCAGCACGGUCCCGUGGCGGACCCACCGCCCGGACGACUGGAUGCAGGAGCGGUACCCCCACGUCCCCGGGGAGUUCAUGCGCCUCGCCGGCCACCCCUGCUCCUGGACCUUCUGCCACCACCUCUGCGACGAGAUCCCGGAGUUCGCCCUGCACGACCAUGUGUGGGAGGAGGCCCGGCAGUUCCUCUGGGCCCUGCAGGUGAGUGAGAGCCUGCCAGGCACCUUCGCGGGGGUCUGUGGGCGCUGGGGGGCUACCUCAGGUCACGCCCAGGUGUGGAAAGUGGUGGCUGCACAGUGAUCCCUAGAGCAGACCCUGGGCUGGUCCCGGGCUCGCUCCUGCGCCCUCAUCUUUGUGGUCUCCGGAAACAGCAUGGCCUGGUGUAGGCAGGACAGGGACGCCUCCGGGGGCCGUGGGGUGUUUGCCAGCAAUGGCAUUGAAGGCUUCCCUGCCAAGGACUCUGCGUUACUCACACAGUGUAACCACACCAUCACGACCACUGAGACGUUCGGGACCUGGGCCGCCUACCUCGUGGGUGGACAGACCGUCUACCUGGCCGAUCACACCCUCCCAGACUCUCCCGUCCUCAAAGUCGCCAAGCCAGAGACGGCCUUCCUUCCAGAAUGGGUUGGGAUUGCCGCAGAUCCACCCUCGUUACUCAAGUACUGA